CAUGAUGCACCCGUUCAGACUCGUAUUCUGUUUUCUGAUUUCAAGGGAUGGAAAAAGUGAGUGAAAUUUAAAGACCAAUCAGACUUUUAUUGGAAGCCACUUAAGAGAGAUACUCUGAAAGAGAAGCCUUCAGACUGACGAAACCCAAGCGAUCCACCAGUGUUGGCUGUUCCUGUGAGCAGAAGGUGAGGUGAACAGUAGAGUUUAGGCUGCUAACUGUAUGGAGCAGAACUAUGUCCUUUAGUGCCAGAGGCAGCAUUGCUCAGGAGGGGGCGCACGGGAGCAAUGAGCAGAAAAACACACGGGUCAAGAGGGCUGUUCGCAUCUCUAGUAUUGUCGCACAAGAGGUGCUGUCUCUAGGUGCAGAUGUCCUCCCUGAGUAUAAACUCCAGGCUCCCCGAAUCCACAAAUGGACCAUUUUACACUACAGCCCCUUCAAGGCAGUCUGGGACUGGGUCAUCUUGCUGCUGGUCAUCUAUACGGCAAUCUUCACACCUUACUCGGCUGCGUUCCUGCUCAACGACGAGGAAGAGGCUGCCAUGCAGCGCUGUGGCUACUCUUGCAGUCCACUCAACGUGGUGGACCUCAUUGUGGAUAUCAUGUUCGUAGUGGACAUUGUGAUUAACUUUCGCACAACCUACGUGAACAGCAACGAUGAAGUGGUCAGCCAGCCCGGCCGAAUAGCUAUCCACUAUUUUAAAGGCUGGUUCCUCAUUGACAUGGUGGCUGCCAUUCCUUUCGACUUGCUCAUUUAUCGCUCUGUAGAAGAUACGACGACUCUGAUUGGCCUACUGAAGACUGCUCGGCUUUUGCGAUUAGUUCGUGUGGCACGUAAACUCGAUCGCUACUCCGAGUAUGGAGCCGCGGUGCUCUUUCUCCUCAUGUGCACCUUUGCACUAAUUGCCCAUUGGCUGGCAUGCAUCUGGUAUGCUAUUGGGAAUGUGGAAAGGAGCGGCCCGUCUGGGAUCGGUUGGCUUAAUUCUUUGGGUGAACAGCUGGGGAAGCCGUAUAAUAUCACAAAUCCUUCAUCAGGACCCUCUAUUAAAGAUAAAUAUGUCACUGCCCUGUACUUCACCUUCAGCAGCCUCACCAGUGUGGGCUUUGGAAAUGUCUCCCCAAACACCAACUCUGAGAAGAUCUUUUCCAUCUGUGUCAUGCUCAUUGGAGCACUAAUGUAUGCUAGCAUAUUCGGAAACGUGUCAGCCAUCAUCCAGAGGCUGUACUCUGGCACCGCGCGUUACCACACUCAGAUGCUACGGGUUCGGGAGUUCAUCCGUUUCCACCAGAUCCCCAACCCACUCAGGCAAAAACUGGAGGAGUAUUUUCAGCAUGCUUGGUCCUACACUAACGGCAUUGACAUGAAUGCUGUACUGAAGGGGUUCCCAGAGUGCUUACAGGCAGACAUCUGUUUGCAUCUGAAUCGCACAUUGCUACAGAACUGUAAAGCUUUCAAGGGCUCCAGUAAAGGUUGCUUACGUGCUUUGGCUAUGAAGUUCAAGACUACACAUGCUCCACCAGGAGACACCUUGGUCCACGCUGGUGAUGUGAUUUCGGCGCUAUACUUCAUUUCUCGUGGCUCCAUUGAGAUCUUAAAGGGAGAUGUGGUAGUGGCCAUUUUAGGCAAGAACGAUAUCUUUGGAGAGCCUGUUAACUUAUAUGCACGUCCUGGAAAGUCAAGGUCUGAUGUGAGAGCAUUGACGUACUGUGACCUGCAUAAAAUCCACAGAGAUGAUAUAGUGGAGGUCUUGAACAUGUAUCCAGAGUUCUCAGACUACUUCUGGAGCAACCUGGAGAUCACCUUUAACUUGAGAGAUACUAACACUAAAGCUGGGUCAAUGAGCAGUGACCCUGACGAUUCUGACCGUGGCUGUCAUGACCAUCACACACCAAGGGCAAAGCUUUUCUUCAAGUCCAAAAGAAACUCUAUCCCACAAGCAGAUACAGAGAAGACGGAAGAAAAACUCAAUAGGACGACAUUCAGAACACAUAAUUUAAGCAAGCAGCACAAGGACAAACAAACUGCUCAUCAGGACUCAGACAUUUUUGCCUCCCAGUCCAGCAGUGAUGAAGAGGAAGAGACCCGGCGGUCCACUGCAAUAGCAGACUGCUCUCAGAGCAAUAUCACUAGUAUUAGCAAUGCUAAUAGAGACAAGAUCCACAACAGCAGUAACUCUUUCACUACACUGUCAGGAGCACUUUCGGGGGUUUCUAACAUCUUCAGCUUUUGGGGGGAUAGUCAUGGCCAUCAUUACCAGGAAGUACCCAGCCACAGUAUGUCUUUCCCCUCAUCUUCAGUGCCCUCCAAUACUGUAAUGCACAGUGUUACCCAUCGCUACUGCACUGAGGUAGAGAAUAGACUGGAAAUGAUGCAGAGACAGCUCCACAGAUUGGAGAAGUGCAUGUCAACAGACACGGGGGCUAUAAUGCAGUUGCUUCAGAGGCAGAUGGUUCUAGUUCCACCAGCCUACAGCUCUGUGACGUCACCUAUAGAAGCAUCUUCAAAUCCACCCAAACCAGGCCAGAAACUGUUCCGUUCUGUCAACCCUUUGGAGACAGAUACGCCAGCCCAUCUCUCUGAGAUACUUGAUCACCACAAAUUUGCUGAGAGUCCCAUAAAGUCCAGUGGAAAUCUGUCAGGGGCAAUGGAGCUCCAGCUCCUGGACUCUUCCUUAGAGCCCUCCUCUGAGACUCCUUCUGGGUCUUAUACAGAAAGAUGGCCAUGUAGCAUGGGCCACAAUGACCCUGAUUGUCUUACAGCACACACUGACCACCAACAAAUAGACACAGCUGAUCAAGGUAGUUAUAGUUUUUUGGAUGCAGACCCUAUCGGAACUGUUCACCAACCACAAGCUGGACUGAGGUUAGAUUUGGAGUGUUUAAGACGCCUAUCAUUGCCAGUGCAGCAUCAUGUAGAGGAUGAUUCCUCAGUCCAAAAAUGACAUGGCUCUAAUCCUAGGUGUUAAGAUUGAUAAUUUUGUUCAGCAUGUCAACGGAAAACAAUGCAUACAUCCUGACGGACCGCAACAAUGUUGGCAGGAUGUUUUGAAGACCUUCUACUUCAGGUUCAUAUUAAUUACCUCAUAAAUUCUAAUGUAGAGGCAUCAUUAAUGUCCCUGUAGUUUGGUACAUUUGUGUUAGCUGGUUUAACGAUGCUUGUUGUUCUUACCUGCCUAUCACUGAAAAUGUUUAAUUUUACGAAAGUGUUCAUUUGUUAUUAUGAGGUGUAAAUGUAAUGAUUUGUAUUAGCAUAUCAGUUUUUUAAAGAUGUGUUUUUGUGUUGAAUUGAUGAUUGUUUGUUUGGAAGUCUUGGACAUACUCUAGCAAUACACUGCAAACUCUACAGAGUAUGACUUAAAUGGACAUUUGGAAACUCUCAGGUGGACUAACCCCAAGCUCCUCUUUAGUAGCUAAAAUACCUCAGAGUGACUGAUUCCAGGGAAUAAUGGUUAAUCCUGUUGAAUAACAUUCCAGUAGUUUACAUGACUGAAAGCAUUAUUUAUAUCUCUCAUGCCAUCCACUGUACAGAUUUUCCUUUGAGAAUAAGUUAUCACUCUAAAUAUAUUAUCAUCAGUUUGGCCAAAGGGUCAAAAUGUGUUAAAUGUGAUUUAGACAGAUUAUGAAUAAAAAUCAAUUUUGAUCAUAAUCCAUAUCGCUAGUACAAUUACUGUUGAAUUAUGCAUAUAUAAAACAUACAGUAUAUGAUAAUUUGGCACUGGUUCAUGCCAAACACAUCCAGUAAUAAGCUAUACUAUAAAUGUGCUAGAAAGAUAUUUAUAGGGAAUGUGUUAUACAGAAAGGGUAUAGCUUGGGAUGUGCAUAUGUAUUAUAACAUGGAAUAUAUUGUAAUUUUAAGUAGGAAUAUUUAUUGUUAGUUUACUAUAAAUUGAUUAUUGUGGAGAUUUGAUCUCUUAUUAACUG